CAGCAGCUCCUGCUUAGAAAAUGACCAGAAGCUGCUGGGACCUGAACCAGAGAUGAGAUUUUUAUGACAGUGUUGGCUGCAUCUCCAGAAGAAGUCAGAAGUGUCAGGAAUCAGUCUCCAGAUCUAAGCUGCUUGAAUAAAGAGUGGACUGAUCAAGUCUACGAAGCGCCUUUGAAAGCAAAAUCUCAACCACUUCUGCGGGAAGUUGGAUAGACAGAAACCCGUGGGUGAUCUGACUAUCAUGGAGCCUGAGGACUUUGAUUCCGAGGAAAAAGAGAUGUUAAGCUGGGAUAUUAAUGAUAUGAAGCUGCCACAGAACGUGAAAAAGACCGACUGGUUCCAGGAGUGGCCAGAUUCCUACGAGAAGCACAUCUACAGCUCAGAGGACAGGAAUGCGCAGCGGCACCUGAGCAGCUGGGCCAUGCGCAACACCAACAACCACAACUCGCGCAUCCUCAAGAAGUCCUGCCUGGGCGUGGUGGUGUGCAGCCGUGACUGCUCCGCCGAGGAGGGGCGCAAGAUCUACCUGAGACCGGCCAUCUGCGACAAAGCCCGGCAGAAGCAGCAGAGGAAACGCUGUCCCAACUGUGAUGGGCCUCUCAAGCUGAUUCCUUGCCGAGGCCAUGGGGGCUUCCCGGUCACCAACUUCUGGAGGCACGAUGGACGCUUCAUAUUUUUCCAGUCAAAGGGAGAACACGAUCAUCCCAAGCCAGAAACCAAGUUGGAAGCUGAGGCAAGAAGAGCAAUGAAGAGGGCACAGAUGGCAUCCUCCUCUGUCUCCUUAAAGCUGAAGGGGAGCCCAGAGACAAAGUCUCUUCCAGGUGAAACACAAAGUUGGGGAAGUUUACCUUUAACUUGGUCUAUCCAGGAAGGCAUCCAAUUGCCUGGUAGUUACGGUGGACGUUUAAUAGCUAACACUCCCCAGCAGAAGUCACUGAAUGAUUCCUUAUUCUUCUCCAAGAGUUAUUGUUUGGGGGGAACCACUGAUCUGGUAGACACUGCUUCUACCUUGGGCCCCACUAAACUCUAUGAGAAAUGCAAAUUGUCCAGUAGUUGGAUUUAUAAUAGUGGGGACCUGCUUCAUCCUGUUUCUGGAGUCUUCUCUGACUACGAUGAUCGGCAAACGUGGAAUAAAAACACUGCUUUGGGGAGAAAUUCUCUUAAUGACAAUCGUUGUCCCAAUUAUCCUUUUGCUUUGACCAGCUGGCCUUAUGAUUUCUCCCCUUCUCAGAACUCUUCAGAACCCUUUUCCCAGCAGAUUCCCGUGGAACCACCUGCAGCCGAAAGUAGCUGUCACCCACUAUGGCCAAAUCCAGGGGGUGAUCUUUACGAAGAGAAGGUGCAUGUGGAUUUUAACAGCUGCUACCCUUCCACCACAUGCCACUCACGUCAGGAAGACCCCUUUCUCCUCACCUAUACCCCCCACCCCCACCAUCAAUAUUCAUUGACAGGCAAGAGCAGCGAGUGGGAUUUUAAUGAAGAAAUGAGGGGCAUGGGUUUGGAUCACUACAACAAUGAGAUGCUUCUAAACCUCUGUCCUUUAAGAUGAUCCAAAUAGAAAUCCUUGGACACUACUAGCAGGAACGUAAUUUAGUGCAGACGCUGUGGAAAACAGUUACAGAGGUUCCUCAGAAAACUAAAAGUAGAACUACCAUGCGAUCCACCUAUUUUCCUUGUAGGUGUGUAUCCACAGGAACUGAAAUCCUUAUCUCCUUAUCUCAAAGAGGCACCUGCACUCCCAUGUUCACUGCAACAUUAUUCACAAUAACCAAAGUACAGAAACAACCUAAGUGUCCAUCAACAGAUGAAUGGAUAAAGAAAAUAUGGUGUA